ACAAAUGCACCACAUCACUGAAGAAAACUAGUUCCCAGCACAGUACAUGCUGAUGUUAAAACUGCUAUUUCUUGGAUUUAGCCAGGAUUUUAUCCAGAGACGAAGUACAACAUCUCAUUAUUAUUAUCUGGAGAUGUGUUCGGAAAAUAACCCCAUACUGUGAGCUGAGCUCAAGGCCUUUGAGUCCAGCAGCAGCAGCAGCAUCUCACGUUUCAUCAUUCGCCGCGGUGGUCUUUGGGCUCCGCAGCAGAAGCGCUGUACAACAACGAUAGCUUCAGCUAGAGACUGGGGCGUACACAACGCGUUUUAUGUAAUUUAGAGAAUGUAAUUCGACAAAAUAUAAGCACUUCAGGAACAUGGAGGGCAAGACUUGGGAAUUGGUCUCCGAAAUCUGAGCAAUUGCAACUUCCAACCCUCCAAUAUUUUCUCCAUCUUAGCCACACUUUGCCCUUUGUGGGUGGAGGAGAGGAUGAGUUUUCACAUCUCAACUCUCCUGCUGCCUGUCUUGGUGGUUCUGAUCCCUGCUACCUUAGCAGGGGACUGCAAGGGCCACAGGCAGGUUCUGAGGGGUGUCCCAGGAUAUGUCACAGAUGGCCCAGGAAACUACUCUGUGAAUGGGAACUGCGAGUGGCUCAUCAAGGCUCCCAGUAGAAACCAUCGCAUUGUGCUCAACUUCACGUUUAUGGAUACAGAGUGUACUUAUGACUAUCUGUUUGUCUAUGACGGAGAUUCCUACCAGAGCCCCUUACUGGCAAGUCUAAGUGGCACCACCUUACCCCAACCAAUUGAGGCCAAGUCUGGUAAGAUGCUGCUCCACCUCUUCAGUGAUGCCAACUACAAUCUGCUUGGCUUCAACGCCACCUACACAUUUUCAGUUUGUCCUGGGGACUGUGGAGGUCAUGGGCGAUGUGACAUAGCUACUGUCAGCUGUCAGUGCCAUCAGGGCUGGGGAGGAGUGGACUGCAAUACCCCUCUCUGCUCUCAGGUCUGCACCCAAAAUGCCAAAGGUCGUUGUGAUAAGAGGGGUGAGCAUUGCAUCUGCAGCCCUGGGUUUGUGGGGCAGAACUGUCAACUGGCUCUCCGUGACAACAGUGGGGCGGGACAGUGGUGGGAGGUGAGCCCAGGUGCUGGUAAAGCAGCCCCUCGCACUGCCUCUGCUGGGGUCUACCUCUCUUCAACUGGAGCCUUGUACAUGUUUGGAGGGUUUGAUCUGAAUAGUGCACUGGGAGACCUGGUUAUAUACAAUUUUUCAACAAAUUACUGGGAACAGAUGUCACAUUUGAAUGGUCCAGAUGCUCGACAUUCCCAUAUAGCUGUAGAGUGGCAAGGCAACAUGGUCAUAUAUGGUGGUGAGCUUGCCAACCAUUCAUUGGCUAGUGAUGUCUGGCUGUACAGUCCACAGCAAGAUGAGUGGCAGCAGCUAGGCCAGUUAAACGCUCCAGGGGCACCUAGGCUGGCAAAUCACGCAGCUGCUGUUGUAGACAACUAUUUAUAUGUUUUGGGGGGGCGAACAGAGGAAGACAUGUUCUCCUCAUCUUUGUACCGGUUUCGGUUCAAAGAAAGAGUUUGGGAGACAGUUCAACCUACAGGUGGAAAACCACCUGCCACUGCAGGACACAGCAUGGUCUACCAUGCCUCUUCCAAAAUGUUGCUGGUGUAUGGGGGACACAGACCUACCACUGCUAGGUUCAGUGUGCGUGUGAACUCAACUGAUGCAUUUCAUGUGGAAAAACGAUUCUGGACGUCCUUCCGCUCCCGUUUUCCUGCCAGUGGCCCGAGGGAGAGAGCAUUCCACACUGCCACCGUCAUUGGCAACUACAUGGUGGUGUACGGAGGGAAUGUGCAUAUCCAUUACAUGGAAGAGAAAUGCUACGAAGAAGAGAUCUUUUUCUAUCAUCUGGGUUGCCAUCAGUGGGUGUCUGUUGGAGAAAACCUCAGUCAACGAGGUGCAUCUGUUAGGGGCCGAUAUUCCCAUGUUUCUGCUGUCAUGGAUGGCCGUGUGCUGCUAGUCGCUGGGGGUUACAGCGGAGUUGCCCGUGGCGACCUGGUUGCUUAUAAAGUUCCGCUGUUUGUAAGCAGUGACCCAGGAGACAGGGAUACAGUGUGUGCUGAAGCUCCAGACGAAAACCUGUGCCUCAAGAACCCAGAAUGCAGUUGGUGUGAGGGUCGUUGUCGAGAAUAUCAGCCAACCAACCCGUGUGGCAGCACCGGAUGUCUUGGUCUGGCUCGUUUCUUGUCAGACUGCCAGUCGUGUCUGGUGUUCAGUGGGGUGCCAAACUCUCUGCCUCGAGUUUCUGGAGAAUUUGGCUGGUGUGUGCAGAAUGAGUCCUGCUUGCCUGUUUCAGAGCGAAGUGCAUGCCGCGUGGACCAGAUCUCUGGGGCGUACGGCUGGUGGGGGGAGCGCACGCGUUUCCUCACCUCCCUCCCCUCCUGUCGCACCGAGAACUAUGUCCCGGGACUGCACCUGCUCACCUUCCAGCAUCCACGCAAUCAAUCACAGCCUGACAAGGUAUCAAUCCUGCGCAGUACCUCCAUCAUCCUCAAUCCCUCUACAGAGAUGGAUGUGACCUUGCAGUUUCGAGGAUUCAUUCAUCCAUUAUGGGGUGCCCCUCCAGCAGCACCACCACACGAGACUGUUGCCAUGUGGGCCCGAAUUCAGAAGCUCCACUUCACUGCUCAAAUGGCUGCUGGACCCAAUUCUCUUCAUCUGACAGAUGUGCUGGGACGGUGGUCCGCUCAGGAGGAGAAAGAGAUUCGUAUGCUAUCCCGCCCAGGUGGUUCUCGUCUAUUCCAGAACCUUACACGAGGAAACUGGUACUUCAUCCAGGCAGAGGGCUAUCUAAAUAACUCUGCAUCAGGACAGACUAGUGAGAUGGCUCUUACCUGGAACCGUACAGCGCUACCUGGUGGCAGUGAGAUCUCUUUCCUGUUCCUCGAACCCUUUCGCUCCAAUUCGUGUUCAGAGUACAGCUCGUGUUCAGCCUGUCUGUCUGAUCAGUCUUGUGGUUGGUGUCCCACAAUGAACCUGUGUUUUCUACGCUCUGACAUUAAUCGGCAGCCCUGCAUAGACUCACAGGGUGAAGAGCGUCACCUACUCCUUAACCCUCAGCAUUGCACAUUGUGUGAGGAGUAUAGAGACUGCGCUGCCUGCACUCAGGAUCCCUACUGUGAGUGGCAGAUCAAUUCCAGCAAGAAGGGAGAUUAUUUGUGCAGUCGCCGUGGGAGAUUAGAGGGGUCUGUCCGGGAACCAGGAGGUUGUCCUAAAGUUUGCAACCAGAGGAUGACAUGUGGGGAAUGUUUGUCUAACUCCAGUCAGUGUGCAUGGUGUGAAUCUGCUCAGUCCUGUUUUUACUUUGCUGCCUACCUCACAAAGUUCCCCUAUGGAGAGUGCAGGGAUUGGUAUGACAGUGUUCACUCAGUUCCUCAGUGUAAGCAUUGCUCUGUUCUAGCCACGUGUUCAGAGUGUCUGCAGACAUUUCAGUGCGGCUGGUGUGGAGACUACAACAACCCCACCAUCGGCAGGUGUUUGAGAGGUGACUGGGGUGGAAUGGAUGACCCCUCUGCCAUUAACUGCAGUAUGGCUGUAGCUGAAGUGAAAGCAAGCAGCCCUGAGCCUCAAACUUUGUCGCCUCCACGGCUGAUGGAGCUUGAGAUGGAGGUUGAGUUGGAGCUGCUGGAAGGCAUGGAGGGGGACGGGGAUGCUGUCUGGUCUUACCCAUCCUGUCCCGAUGUGGAGGAGUGUCGCCUGGGCUUGCAUACCUGCCACCCCUCCGCCACUUGCGUAAACACCCCAACGUCCUACGAGUGUCACUGUGAGCGGGGCUUCACGGGAGAUGGAGUGCACCAUUGCAACCAGACAUGUUAUAACGAGUGCCGCCAGGGCAGGUGCAGUGGGAGUCCUCGGUUCGAGUGUGAGUGUUCUUUGGGUUGGACUUCAGACCCAGCCACUCUGGUGCUGAGUGGAGUUGAGUGUGAUGUGGAUUGUGGUUGUAAUUUCCACAGCACUUGUAUUACAGCUCCAGGGAUCUGUGAUCAAUGCCAGGACUGGACGACAGGGCCGCACUGUGAGCACUGCAAGCCGGGUAGUUUUGGCUCUGCUUUGGCAGGGGGAGAAGGCUGCAUUCCCUGUCAAUGUAAUGGUCAUGGUGACCCUCUCCAAGGUUACUGCCAUAACCAGACAGGCCAGUGCUAUUGCACGCACCACACCCAAGGCCCACAUUGUGAGUCCUGCCUGCCCGGUUACUAUGGAGAUCCCAGGAACAACGGCACAUGUUUCAGACAGUGUCAGGGUCGUUCUGUUUUGCUCUCCUCCUCUGCCUCUGCACCCCUGUCCCUCUCCUCCUCGCUGGGCUGGCAUGGAGCAGUUGGUGGUCAUGGUGGGCUUUCUCAUUGCUUGUGGGUUCUAUCUGUGUCUCAGGACUUAGCACCGUGCAUGCCAGGGCAACCAUGCCCACCUGUGGCCCUAACCUGGCACCCAGAUUCACACACUCAGUGCACAAACUCCUUUGUUUAUGUAUUUGAUGGCUUACCACGAUUCCUUAGCAAUGGCGUUGUGCAUUCUGACCACAAUCUUAUUGGAGCAUUCUGCGGCACAACACGGAUGCAGCCAAUUACGGUUGAGGCUACAUCAGGGAUAAUAUCUGUGUACUUUGAGGCCAACGUUACCUCAGGACGUGCUCAGGGUUUUAAUGCCUCAUUCUGGGUGAAGCGCUGUGGAAAUGGAAGCUCUGAAGAGGGGACAGAGUGUCAGGCUGGAGCUCAGUGUGUAAAUGGACUCUGUCAAUGUCCUCAUGGAUUUGGGGGUCCACAAUGUGACCGCCCUGUUUGCCCAGGGAAUUGUGGGGCAGAGGAAGGGCGCGGCACCUGCAACAUGACCCUUGGACUAUGUGUGUGUACAGAAGGGUGGGCUGGAUCUGAAUGUUCUUCUAUCUCAGACUCAGACAGUCUGGUUUGGGAAACACUGCUAGACACUCAGCUAUCUGGUAAUAAGGCACACAGGUUCCUACAGAGGAUGGGUCACUCUCUGGUGUCUGGGCCGCAGGGCACUCUGUGGAUGUAUGGAGGCCUAUCACUCUCAGAGGGCAUCUUGGGAAAUGUUUACAGGUAUUCUGUCACUGAGCGUCGCUGGACUCAGAUGUUGACUAGUUCAAUAGAGGAAAGUUCAAUGCCUCUGCCCCGCUACCAUCAUGCUUCUGCUCUGGUGUAUAAUCACGACCCAUUUGCUGGCUCCCAGGCAGCCACUCACAGCUUGAUAUUUGUGGUUGGUGGAGUCACAAAGAAAGGUGUUUCAAAUGACACAUGGUGUCUUAAUCUUAGCAGUCUGGUGUGGAAGGAGUAUAAGAGCUCAGUGCUGCCCCCAGUGGCUGGUCACACUCUAACAGUGCGAAGAGGCUCAUCUGUGCUGCUGAUCGGUGGUUACUCACCAGAGAAUGGAUUUAACCAUCACUUAUUGGAGUUCACUCCUCAGACUGGGAACUGGACUAUAGCCCCACACACUGGCACACCCCCUACAGGUCUGUAUGGCCACUCUGCCGUGUAUCAUGAACAGACUGAUGCUGUGUAUGUGUUUGGUGGUUACCGUUUCCAUGUUGAAGCUGUAGAACCAUCUGCAGAACUCUACAGUCUUUAUUACCCCAACCUUACCUGGUCCUUACUGGUACCCUCUCAGGGAAACAAGCCUCUCUCCCACUUUUUCCAUGCGGCAGCCUUAGUGAAGGACACCAUGAUAAUUGUUGGAGGAAGGACUGGAGAGGAAGAUUACAGCAACACAGUUUCUCUCUACCAGAUCAACUGUAACACAUGGAUACAUCCAGCAUCCUCGGUGGGUGAACCUGUCAACCGCUCAGUUUCUUUGGCGAUGACUGGAUCGGGUGAUCGCCUGUUUCUCUCUGGGGGUUUUAACGGAGUAACAAUGGGGCGGCUGUUAACUCUGUCGCUGCCUUCUGAUCCUUGUGUCUUGCUGCCCACCCCUGAGGCCUGUAACAGCAGCACAGGCAGCUGUGUGUGGUGCAGAGGCACUUGUGCUUCAUCAGACACUGCAGAGAGGCUGGGUUGUACUAUUGGUCAGUUUACCUGCUCUCCUACUCCUCGUUCCCCUGACCAGUGUCGCAGACUCAAGACCUGCAGUGAGUGUCUGGCCCGUCACCCUAAAACAUUUUCCAGUCCUACACAGCCUGCUCUGCAGUGCAAGUGGUGCACAAACUGUCCCGAGGGAGCUUGUAUCAGCAGCUCAGUGAGCUGCACAUCAGAGCAUGACUGCAGGAUAAACCAGAGAGAAAUCUUCCUGUCCAGUAACUGUACUGAGACCAGCUGUGAGGCCUCUGACUGCCCCAAAUGCACAGCCUCAGGAAAGUGCAUGUGGACUCGUCAGUUCAAACGCACAGGUGAGACAAGACGUAUCCUGAGCGUGAACCCAACUUAUGACUGGACAUGUUUCAGCUAUGCGCUGCUCAACGUGUCACCCAUGCAAGUAGAGUCCUCUCCACCGAUGCCUUGCCCUGAACCCUGCCACGAAAUCAAAAGCUGCAGUCAGUGUUUAAGCUCUCGUGGCUCUGAUGGAGGCUGGCAGCGUUGUGUAUGGAGUAUGGCAUUGCAGCAGUGUAUGAGUCCCUCCUUCGUUCCAUUGCGCUGUGAGGCUGGCCAAUGCGGACGUUUGCUCUCGGAUGAAGAAUCUUGCUCUCCCCAGUGCUCUCAGCUCACUCAGUGCUCCCAGUGCAUUUCCAGGCCACAGUGUGGCUGGUGUGCUGCUCGUGGUGGAAACGGAGCAGGGCACUGUCUUCAGGGUGGACUGAAUGGUGUGAGUGAGGCUCUGUGCCCUCAGUGGAACAGUAGCUGGGCAUUCCUGCACUGCCCAGAGGAAAAUGAGUGUGCCAAUGGCCACCACCACUGUAAUGUCACUCAGGACUGCCAUGAUCUGCCAGAGGGCUACCACUGCACCUGCAGACUGGGCUACGUACUCAGCAGUGUUUUGGGUCAGUGUGAGCCAGUGUGUGCACAAGGCUGUGUUAAUGGGACCUGUGUGUCUCCAGGAGUGUGUCAGUGUCACUUUGGAUUUGUUGGAGAGAACUGCUCCUCUCAAUGCCGCUGUAACAAACACAGUAACUGUAAGGGCAUCUCUCAUCUGGACAGCUGUCUGGAGUGCAAGAAUAACACAAAGGGUCAACACUGUGAAAAGUGUAAGCCCUUGUUUGUGGGCUCAGCAGUGGGAGGUGGAAUGUGUCGGCCCUGUCGUGACUUCUGCAGGGGAAACAGCGAAGUGUGUUUGUCCAAAGAGGAGCAUCGAAGGGCAAUGGAAAAUUCAAAAGACUACCCACUGGAUCGUGACAGUAUUGAACAAUGGGCAACAGAGGGCCCCACUGAGGACAAUGCUGUGUGUGUGAGCUGUCAGAACAACAGUGUGGGGGAUAAGUGUGAGAGCUGCCUCAGUGGCUACUUCCUGUUGCAAGGGAAGUGUGAGAAAUGUCAGUGUAAUGGUCAUGCAGACACCUGUAAUGAACAUGAUGGCACAGGCUGUCCAUGCCAGAACAACACUGAAACUUCCCCCUGUCUAAGCAGCUCACAGAAUGAUCGCAAAGAGUGUUUUCGGCAACAGUGUGCCAAGUGCAAAGAUUCAUUUAAUGGCAAUCCAGUGAAUGGUCGACAGUGCUACCGGCAGUUCAACGUGGACAGUGAAUGCUGCUUUGACCCCACAUCACAGGUCAACUGCUUCCAUGAGCCCAACAUCCGCAAUCUGCUCAGGGGUCGUACAGUGUUCUUUUCAGCCCAGCCCAAGUUCACUAACGUGGAUAUCCGUGUCACCAUUGAUGUCACGUUUGGGGAGGUUGAAGUCUAUGUGUCUAACUCGCAUGACACCUUCAUCGUGGAGGUAGACCGGCACACUGGUGUACACGCUAUCAAGAUCGAGGAUGAAGCCACCUCUGCAACCACUGCACGGGGAGAAAAGGAGGGUCCUCUUGCCCCACCAUCGCCCAUGAAGGUGUUUGCAAACUCCUCAUCAGCCUUACUCGGUACACUGCAGUCGACAAAGCCACAAGGCACAGAACGCGAGGUGCGAGAAGAACGAACCGAAGGUCUCAUAACCUACAUCGCUGUGUGGAAGCCUCAGACGGUGCUGAUUGUACGUGGUGUAAGAGACCGCGUGGUCAUCACCUUCCCGCAUGAAGUGCACUCGCUGAAGUCCAGCCGUUUCUUCAUUGCACUGCGUGGGGUGGGCACAGAGACUCACAACGGAGAGUCUCAAGGCCUCCUCUUUCUACGACAGGACCAGGCCCACAUUGACCUUUUUGUCUUUUUCUCUGUCUUCUUCUCUUGCUUUUUCCUCUUCCUGUCCGUCUGCGUGCUACUCUGGAAAGUCAAGCAAUUCUUAGACUUCCGUCGUGAGCAGCGCCGCCACAUUCAAGAGAUGACCAAAAUGGCUUCUCGCCCAUUUGCCAAACUCACCAUCUACCUGGAGCCAGAGGAGCCUCAGCUGGUUUACUUGCCGUCGGCUGGAGGAGGUAGUGCCAUUUCCCUGGCCCAUGUCAGGACAGGCAAGCUGGGGGGCAUGGUGAUGGGUCAGAGAGGACGACCUGGUGCUCUACCAUACAAGCAUGACCCUGGCACAGGCACUACCACUCACCACCACCACCAUCUUGCUCUGAGUGGAGGCAACAAUGGUCAGCACCUUCCCUUGCAGUACCUGAAUGCUCACCACUAUGCACCCAGCUCCACGGCAAACCCAACCUCACAUCACCACUACCAUCAUCCGUCUUCACAUAGCAGCUACCAACAUUUUUGCCGCUCUGAUCCCUUCCUUUCCCAGCUCAUGGGCUUUUCAUACUCCUCCUUUAAAGUUGGCCCAAUCACUCUGGAGCCCACAGAUGAUGGGAUGGCUGGGGUGGCCACCGUGCUCAUCCAGCUGCCAGGGGGCAUUCUCGCACCAAACCGUGCCUGCUUGGGUUCUGCUCUUGUCACCCUGCGGCAGAACUUGCAGGAGUACUGUGGACAUGGUGGAGCUGGCACACAUACUGGUGUUGGGGGUGGCCGAAAAGGUUUGCUGGGCCACCAGCACCUAACCACCAUGGCCAUGUGAAAUUAGAAGGUAGUGAAAGUGAUGGUGAUUUGAGAUGGAAUUAGGGGAACUGUCAUCUCACUGCUUUUGGGAGUAUGAAAAGGCUAGAAGAAACAAGGGAAUUUUCCUAAGCAAGACUAGGUUAGGUUAAUCAAAGAAGGUUAGGAUUUCAGGAAAAGAUUUCUUACAAAGAAAGUUGCAGAGAUGUUACAUUAAUUUGGUUAUCUUAGUGGGAGUUACAAAAGGGAUGUAUUUAUUGAAGAAGAGAAAAAGGUGAUUAAUAGGAAAUAUGAUGAAAUUUGUACAUAUAAUGUAAUUAACUGUUAGUUGUGUUUUAUUUGUUUAUCACUGUUCAUAAAAAGCUUCAUAUUGACUGAAAGCAGCAAACUUUAUGCAGUGCACUACACCUAUCUCCGUGCGUUGUUGUUGCAUUCUAACUUCUAACCGUCCUAAACUCAAAUCUACUGAAAUCAACAAAAUAGCUGACUGAGGAGAUGACUGCGGCAUGAAACCAGUGAAAAUUUAGUUUUUGCAGGCGAACCAAAAUGUGCUUUUAUCCUCAUGUGACAAUCUGAACUUCCAUCUAAACCAAGAGAUGGUGCAACAUGUCCGCUUGAAUGUGCAAAACUUUUGAUUGUCAGCAAAAAAGCGGGAAAGUGGUUGUAAAAACAAAAGGAAAAAAAAAGUAGUUGUAGUGCUUUUGUAACUUGUUCAUCAACUGGUAUUUUGUCAUGGCUGUAAUGAUUGGUGAUGCUUCUUGUAAUAUAGCAAAAUUGAAUUUACUCAAUAGGUCUAUUACAUUGUGAGCCACUGGUUCACAGACUAAAGAUACAUUUCAGGCUUUGUUUAUUGACUAAUUGCAACAAGCCCUUUGUGUUUGCAUUAAUUAUACAUGCCUUUACUCACUUUGCCUUGACCGGACAUACUAUAUAAAUGUGUGAUUUAAAUCCUCACACAUUUGGAGAACUAGUUUUGUAUUCAAUUAAGGAUUACAUUUGUAUUGAGUUUAGGUCAUUGAUGUUUAGUGCUGCAAAUUUGUGUAUAUAAAUGAAGGAAUAAGCUGAUGAACAAGGGCCCAUAUUAAAUUGCAGAGAACACUAAUGAAUAGUUGGCUUUUAACAUUGUGAAGUAAAUUAAGGAUUCUAGGUUUGUUUGUGUGUAUAUAUAUAUCUAUCUAUCUAUCUAUAUAUAUAUAUAUAUAUAUAUAUAUAUAUAUAUAUAUAUAUAUAGAUAUAUAUAUACACACAGUAUAUAAAUUCCCUCCCUACACCACAUUAGUUCCCCCAACUGUUGAAUUCAUCAUCUGUUUGUAGGAUGGGCUAACUGCUUGUAUAAACUGUGUCAGUUGUUUGGAACAAUAUUUUAUAAUCAUUGAAAUGUAUCACCCAGUCUGGGCUGCUAAAGCAUUCUUAUUUUUAUUUUGAUGAUGUGUCAUGUUCAGCCAGAAGUACAAAAUCUGUCGAACAAAUAGUGCAAUGGAAAUUUUUACGUGAUAAAAUAGUAUGCUCCUGAUUAGACACUAUAAAGUGAUGAAAUACACUAAAACACUACCAUGUUUUAUGAAGUUUGUUACAGUGCUGGCAUUCAUAUGGACUUUCCAAUGUUUUGUUUAUUUGUUGUUGUUUUAUUGUUUUGAGGAUGGACUGUUGUUUUCUGAGGGUAAUUCUCUGACUGGUAGUUAUGCAGGCAGAUAGCUACAUUUCAUUAUUUGUGUAUUAUUAUAGAGUCCUGGUGAAUAAUAGGAUAUUUUCAAAAUUGUUUUUCUAAUUGACAUUACAAUUAUUUUAUGUAAAUAAUGGUUGUGAAACAUCACAGGAGAAACCAUAUAUUUAUCUUGGGGUUUCACUCUAGAGAUAAAGUAAUUUAAACCUAAAUUAGUUAAUUAAUUUCUUAAAACCAGAACAUGUGAUUUUGAAAUAAAUUAAGCAGAAGACCAAAACAAAUCUGGGUGUUUGAAUAUGGUAAAUGAAGCAUUGUGUUCUGUUAAGUCAUGUGGAAAUAAUUUUUGUUUUUCAGUUUUGAAUGCUGUGAUUGAUGCUCAUGCCUUCUAUGCUUAAAAGCAAUUUGUCAAAAAUAAAAUAUCAUCCAUUAAUGGUU